GCAUGCGCCGCUCGCUCAAGGGCUAUACUGUCAUGGCGGGGACGAGCUGGAGCUACCAGGGGUAAACCAGGAAGGGAAUGCAGUGUAACUGGGUUGACGCUGGCAUUUAAACAAGUGUUGGAGUUUCCUUGGGAGCACGGCGCGGACCUCCGUCUCUUGUCGACUCCCACCGGAGCUGCAGACGGACUUGACCGCCCUCCUCCAGUUUGGGAGUUUUGCUUGUGCCAAAGCGCACUACCUGUCAAGUGUUGAGAGGAGUCAAGCAAGCAGGCGACAAUAGCAACUUCCACUACCGAGGAUAUGAAAGUCACUGUAAACGCGUGUAUCGUCUGACAGAGGGGAGCAGUGGAGAGGAGGCUUGAGGGGCGAGCUCCGUCUCACUUGUCUGUAUUGUUGUUACCUGCAACACAGUCCGUUUUCCUCACGGCUUUUAACUGCAUUAAUCCAUCCGUCUCGUAUCAAGUUACGGAGCAGGGGAGUGGAGUACUUCUGUCGGGAGUCGGUGUGACAACUCCAGCCUUGCAGUGGCCGCGGCCAACAAAACCCUACUUGCGCUUCAACGAGGCACAUUUGCAAAACUAUUUUGGAUGGGGAGGGAAAUAUCUUCUUUGUUUGCCUGUAGACUGCCGACAACACACCUGAAGGGGAGAUAGACGCGGCAGUUUCUGUCAGCAGACCUUCGCUGCACUGUCGUCCAUUUGGAGGUGAACAGGUGCCUUACCUGUGAACGCCACCUGUCCUGCCCUUCCUUAGCAAUGGCUAGCGAAGAGACGCCGGGUGCUGCACCUCCGGGUGAUGGAAAAGACGGGAAAACGAGCACCAUGGCCAUCAACCCCGGGAUCCCUAUCAGGGGAAUAAGGAUGAAAUUCGCCGUGCUUGCCGGCCUGGUGGAAGUUGGGGAAGUUUCCAACCGAGACAUUGUGGAGACAGUGUUCAACCUGCUGGUGGGAGGCCAGUUUGACCUGGAGAUGAACUUCAUCAUCCAGGAGCCGGAGAGCAUCGUGUGCAUGGUGGAGCUGCUGGACCAGUGUGAGCCCACUUGCCAGGCUGAGGUCUGGAGCAUCUUCACUGCCAUUCUCAAAAAGAGUGUCCGCAACCUGCAGGCCUGCACUGACGUGGGUCUCAUCCAGCUGGUGCUCCAGCGUAUAUCCAGCACUGACAGCAUGAUCGCAGAUUUGCUGGUGGACAUGUUGGGCGUGCUGGCCAGCUACAGCAUCACAGUAAAAGAGCUAAAGCUUUUCUUCAGCAAACUGCAAGGCGAGAAAGGCCAGUGGCCGCCUCAUGCUGUGAAGCUGCUGUCCGUGCUGAAGUACAUGGCCCACAGGAACGGCCCUGACUCCUUCUUCAGCUUUCCAGGGAAAAGUGCAGCUGCCAUCGCUCUGCCUCCCAUAGCAAAAUGGCCAUAUCAGAAUGGAUUUACUUUCCACACGUGGCUCCGCAUGGACCCUCUCAACAACAUCAACGUUGACAAAGACAAGCCUUACCUGUACUGCUUCCGCACCAGUAAAGGCCUGGGUUACUCUGCACACUUUGUGGGCGGCUGUUUGAUAGUGACCUCAUUAAAAUCCAAGGGGAAGGGAUUCCAGCACUGUGUAAAGUACGACUUCAAACCACAGAAGUGGUACAUGGUGACAAUCGUUCACGUCUACAACCGCUGGAAAAACAGUGAGAUCAGCUGCUAUGUGAACGGGGAGCUGGCUUCCUACGGUGACAUCACGUGGUUUGUCAACACCAGCGAUACGUUUGACAAGUGUUUCCUGGGCUCAUCGGAAACGGCGGAUGCAAACCGUGUCUUCUGUGGACAGAUGGGGGCAGUUUACCUGUUUGGAGAGGCUCUCAGUGCUGCUCAGAUCCUGGCUAUCUAUCAGCUCGGCCCAGGAUACAAGGGCACAUUCAAGUACAAGGCUGAGAGUGACCUGCUGUUUGCGGAGCACCAUAAGACCUUGCUUUAUGACGGCAAGUUGUCCUCUAGCAUUGCCUUCAGCUACAACCCUCGCGCCACAGAUGCCCAGCUCUGCCUCGAGUCCUCCCCCAAGGACAACGCCUCCAUUUUUGUCCACUCACCCCAUGCCCUCAUGCUGCAGGAUGUGAAGGCAGUGGUGACCCACUCAGUUCAGAGUGGUGUACACUCUAUUGGAGGUGUGCAGGUCCUCUUCCCUCUGUUUGCACAGCUGGAUUACUGCCAGCCCAACAGCCAUGAGCUGGACACCUCUGUCUGCUGCACUUUGCUGUCCUUUGUGAUGGAGCUCUUGAAGAACUCAGUGGCUAUGCAAGAGCAGGUCCUGGCCUGCAAAGGCUUUCUGGUCAUUGGCUACGCUUUGGAGAAGUCUUCCAAGGUUCAUGUGACACGGCCGGUCCUGGACAUUGUGUUGGCCUUUGCCAGACACCUCAGCAACUUGCAGAACGGCGUCUUGCUGCUCAAGCAGCUGUGUGACCACAUUCUGUUCAACCCCGCCAUCUGGAUCCAUGCCCCUGCCAAGGUGCAGUUGACACUUUACACCUACGUGGCGACAGAGUUCAUCAGUACGGUGACCAUCUAUAACGCCAUACGCAGGGUGGGCACAGUACUGCAGAUCAUGCACACACUCAAGUACUAUUACUGGGUUGUCAACCCCCAGGACCGCAGUGGAGUUGUGCCUAAGGGCCUAGAUGGUCCAAGGCCUAACCAGAAGGAGAUCCACUCUCUCCGAGCUUUUCUGUUGCUGUUUGUCAAGCAGCUCAUCAUGAAGGAUCAUGGAGUCAAGGAAGAUGAGCUGCAGGGUAUCCUCAACUACCUGCUCACAAUGCAUGAGGAUGACAACCUCAUGGAUGUUCUGCAGCUGUUGGUGGCUCUGAUGUCUGAACAUCCUGGGUCCAUGGUCCAGGCCUUUGACCAGCGCAAUGGAAUACGUGUUAUCUACAAGCUGCUGGCCUCAAAAAGUGAAGGAAUUAGAGUGCAGGCACUCAAAGUCUUGGGCUACUUUCUGAAGCACUUGCCACCAAAGAGGAAAUCUGAGGUCAUGCUGGGUCACAGCCUCUUCUCCCUGCUCACCGAACGCCUGGUGCUCCACUCUAACCAGUUCUCCAUGACAACGUACAAUGUGCUCUUUGAGAUUCUUACAGAGCAGAUCUGCACUCAAGUGAUCCAUAAACAGCAUCCGGACCCCGACUCCACUGUGAAGAUUCUCAACCCACAGAUCCUGAAGGUGAUGGCUGCCCUGUUGAAGAACUCCCCUGCAUCCCCCGAGAGCAUGGAGGUGCGCAGGGUCUUCCUGUCAGACAUGAUCAAACUGUUCAAUAACAGCCGAGAGAACCGCAGGAGCCUGCUGCAGUGCUCCGUGUGGCAGGAGUGGAUGCUCUCACUGUGCUUCAUCAACCCGCGCAACAGCGAGGAGCAGAAGAUCACGGAGAUGGUGUACGCCAUCUUCCGCAUCCUGCUCUACCACGCCAUCAAGUAUGAGUGGGGCGGCUGGCGCGUCUGGGUGGACACCCUGUCCAUCACCCAUUCCAAGGUAACCUUUGAGCAGCACAAAGAGAACCUUUCCCGCAUGUUUCGUCAGUACCGACGGGAAUCGGCAGGAUCUGUCAGUACAGUCCGAACAAUCUCUGGUGCCAGCCAAACCUCUGAGAUCCUGGAAUGCACUAAUGGGCCACAUGGAGAGGAAACUGCCCCGUCCACUGUCAUUGAACUCACUGUGGAUGGGUUGUCCCAGAAACCCCCUGCUUCAGCAUCCACCAUCACCUCCAGUUCACCUGCGGCCACUGGUGAAAGGGAACAAACAUCCAUCACUGUGUCCAACAUCCUGGCCAGAGACGAAGAGGAAGACCAGAGGUUAGGUCAAGAGUCUUCCAGAGAUGGCUCGGAUGAUGGAAAAGAGACUGAAGCUACUGUGAUAAAGACAACUGAUCAAGAGGAAGUUGGUAGAGAAACCAGCCAGCAGGGAGCUAUGGCUGAGCCUUUCACUGACAAGAAUGAUAAUGAUGAUGAUACACAAACUGCAGCUAGUGCGCCGAUUGAAACGGACAGCACAAAAAACCCAGAAAUAGAUGGUGCAAAAGUAACAGAAACAAGUGAAGACACUACCACAAUGGAUGAUGUAAAGUCUCAUGAAAGUGACAUUAACAAAGAUGAAUCAUUAACGUCCAUGACUGAAGACUCUUUGAAUGAAACAGAUACGGGACUGCAGGUGGUAUCAGAGCCAGAAGUUAAGAAUGACCAAAUGUCUUCUGACACCUCAGGCUGUCUGGACAACAGUGUGGUGGGUGGAGCCUCUGUCUUCAACGAAGACCUAGUUGAUGUAUCGUCUGUUAGUGAUCAGGUCCGCCCUAGUGAUGCUGAUGAGAGCCAAGAGGAAUCCUCUUAUGUUUCUGCUGUUGCUGGAGAGGAAGGGGAGGAGGGAAAAUUGAGAGGAGAUGAAGAAGUAGAGGGUAAAGACAAACAGGAUGACCAGGAAGGACAGGAGUUAAAGACAGUGGAAAAACAUGAUGAUGGGGAGCAGGAAGUUAAAAUAGAGGAGAAAACUAAAGAAAGUGAAAAGAAAGAGGAGUCUGUCUUGGAGGGUCACAGUUUGGAAACGCCUCCACCUGAAACACCAGAAAAAAAUGUGAAAGAAACACCCAAAGAUGAGCAGGACAAACAGUCUUCCUCUGUCACUGACACCCCUGCUGCAAACCAGCCUCCCACAGAUGCCACGUCGCCCUCUACAGCCCAGGAGGCCACAGCAGCAUCAGACUCUGCCUCCUCCGCACCACCAAACCAGCUUUCAGAGACCACUGGCACCACCACAGAGGAAGCCCAGACAAAGGCCCCAGACAGCAGGACUCCUAGUUCUGACACACAGAGGAGUGCAGAUUCUGCCACCCGGACCAAAGAGAUCAAGAUUGCGAGGCUGGACGUGUCCAAUGUGGCCUUAGACACCGAAAGACUUGAAUUGAAGGGAACUGCUACAACUGAUAUCAGCCAAGGCCAGCCAGCAGCAGCAGCAGCAGCAGCAGCCGCCCCAGCAGCAGCAGUAGCUGGUGCCUCGGGCCAGUCCAGAGAGGGCAGCACCUCGGGGCCGCGCUCCACCAUGUUCCGCAUCCCAGAGUUCCGCUGGUCCCACAUGCACCAGCGCCUCCUCACUGACCUGCUCUUCUCCAUCGAGACAGAUGUCCAGAUGUGGAGGAGUCACUCAACGAAAACGGUUCUGGACUUUGUGAACAGCAGUGAGAACGUUGUGUUUGUCCACAACAGUGUCCACCUCAUCUCCCAGGUGGUGGACAAUCUCAUCAUGGCUUGUGGAGGCAUCCUGCCUCUGCUCUCUGCUGCCACCUCCUCCUCUCAUGAGCUGGAGAACAUUGAGCCGUCCCAGGGCUUGGCAGUGGAGGCCUCAGUCACAUUCCUACAGCGCCUCAUCAACCUCGUGGACGUUCUCAUCUUCGCCAGCUCCCUAAACUUCAAUGAGAUUGAAGCUGAGAAAAACAUGUCCUCAGGAGGCAUCCUCCGACAGUGCCUUCGCCUCGUUUGUGCAAUGGCAGUGAGAAAUUGUCUGGAGUGUCAGCAGCACGCCCACUUCAAGUCUGGCACAGAAAGCUCAGCACGCAGCUACACGGCCAUGCCAAGCACCCUGCUGGGGACAGCCAAGGCCAUGCCGGCACAGAGUCCUGUUGAUGUGGUGACUGGUGGAAUGUCUCCAGUCAGAGAUGUGGACCGGCUGCUUCAGGACAUGGACAUUAACCGCCUUAGGGCUGUAGUCUUCAGAGAUAUUGAGGACAGUAAGCAGGCUCAGUUUCUGGCUCUUGCUGUGGUCUACUUCAUCUCAGUCCUCAUGGUGUCCAAGUACCGCGACAUCCUGGAGCCCCAGAAUGACAAGAAACACCCACAGCGCUCCCAGUCUGCCAGGAGCACAGAUAGUGGUGCCAUUUCUGGUGGACUAGAUGUGGAGAACGGUGUGUCUCUUAGGCGGUACGACUCCGGCAUUGGUGACGAUCACACCUCAGCUGCCGCAAGCGAGGCUGAGUCGUCAUCGUCUGGUAUGACUCACGGCCCAGACGCCAUCUCAGAGGCCUUGUCUACACUGUCCUCUGAGGUCAGACCUGCUGCGUCCAGCGAUAAGGGCAAGAACGUAAAGGACAUUCUGCGCAGCUUGGUGAGCACACCAGCUGAUGAUAUCAUGGUGGACCCCAGUCUGUUGCCACCAGCAUUUCUAGGAAGUGUGGGCGACCCGGCCAGAGAAUCAGCACUGCAGUUCCGCUCCUUUGAUAGAAGCGUUGUCAUUGCACCCAAGAAAGCAGGCACGAUGCCAUCUCCAGGACCGUCCUCUGUUGCCACUCCCAUCCCAGCAGCCACUGCUGCCUCUGUGUCCGGUGGGACGCCCAUCAACAGCGUUGCCGUGGUUUCUGCUGGCGAUGCCUCCCAGAGCACCUCUGCAGAGACUGCAGCUGCAGGCGGCCAGGUUCCAGCCAGCACUAGCUUGCCAUCUGUCCCCUCACUCUCCCCCAUGACCCAGCACACAGCCCCCAAUAUGAGUAUCUCUGAGCGUCUAGAGCAUGCUCUGGAGAAAGCAGCUCCUCUGCUGAGGGAGAUCUUUGUGGACUUUGCCCCCUUUCUUUCUCGGACGCUUCUAGGCAGCCACGGACAAGAACUCCUGAUCGAGGGCACCAGCCUGGUGUGUAUGAAGUCCAGCAGCUCAGUGGUGGAGCUGGUCAUGCUGCUGUGUUCACAGGAAUGGCAGAACUCGAUCCAGAAGAAUGCAGGACUGGCCUUUAUUGAGCUGGUCAAUGAGGGCAGACUGCUGAGUCACACCAUGAAAGACCACUUGGUGCGUGUGGCUAACGAAGCUGAGUUCAUCCUCAGCCGACAGAGGGCUGAAGACAUCCAUAAACAUGCAGAGUUUGAGUCUUACUGUGCUCAGUAUGCAGCCGAGAAGCGAGAUGAGGAGAAGAUGUGUGACCACCUGAUCCGAGCAGCCAAAUACCGUGACCAUGUGACAGCCACACAGCUCAUCCAGAAGAUAGUCAACAUCCUGACUGACAAACAUGGAGCCUGGGGAAACUCCUCCAUCAGCCGGCCGAGGGAGUUCUGGCGCCUGGACUACUGGGAGGACGAUUUAAGGCGCCGACGUCGCUUCAUCAGGAACCCCUUCGGAUCCACUCACUCUGAGGCUACGCUCAAAGCUGCAGCCGAACAUGCGGCUGAUAUAACUGCUUCCGAGGAGGAUAUUCUCAAAGGCAAGCAGUCCAUCCGAAGUCAAGCUCUGGGAAAUCAAAACUCGGAGAGUGAGUUAUUGUUGGAUGGAGACGAUGACACUCUGUCAUCCUUGGAGGACAAGGAGUUGGAGAACUUAACAGGCCCAGUAAACUUGAGCACCGCUGCUCAGCUAGUCGCUCCGGCCGUAGUGGUGAAAGGCACCCUGUCCAUCACUGCCUCGGAGCUCUACUUUGAGGUGGAUGAGGAAGAGCCUGGCUUCAAGGCCAUCGAUCCAAAGAUUCUAGCCUAUACAGAGGGUCUCCAUGGAAAAUGGCUGUUCACAGAGAUUCGCGCCAUCUUUUCCAGACGCUACCUACUGCAGAACACAGCCUUGGAAAUUUUCAUGGCCAACAGAACGGCAGUCAUGUUCAACCUGCCAGACGCGGCCACAGUCAAGAAGGUGGUCCACUGCCUUCCUCGUGUUGGGGUGGGCACCAACUUUGGCCUUCCACAGACAAGACGCAUUUCUCUGGCCAGCCCCAAGCAGCUGUUCAAGGCAUCCAACAUGACCCAGCGCUGGCAGCGUCGUGAGAUCUCCAACUUUGAAUACCUGAUCUUUCUCAACACUAUCUCUGGCCGCACCUAUAAUGACCUCAACCAGUACCCAGUUUUCCCUUGGGUGAUCACCAACUAUGAGUCAGAGGAGCUCGACCUUACACUGCCCAGUAACUUCAGAGACCUGUCCAAGCCCAUCGGUGCUCUGAACCCCAAGAGGGCAGCGUUCUUCUCAGACCGCUUUGAGUCCUGGGAGGAUGAGCAGGUUCCCAAGUUCCACUAUGGCACCCACUACUCCACCUCAAGCUUCACCCAGAUGUGGCUGCUGCGUAUCGAGCCCUUCACCACGUUCUUCCUCAACUUCCAAGGAGGGAAGUUUGACCACGCUGACCGCACAUUCUCCUCAGUGUCCCGGGCCUGGAGGAACUGCCAGCGAGACACAUCUGAUGUCAAGGAGCUGAUCCCAGAGUUCUUCUACCUCCCGGAGAUGUUUGUUAACUCCAACAACUACAACCUCGGGGUGAUGGAGGAUGGCACCGUGGUGUCCGAUGUGGAGCUGCCACCCUGGGCCAAGAGCCCCGAGGAGUUUGUGCGCAUCAACCGACUGGCUCUAGAGAGUGAGUUUGUUUCCUGCCAGCUCCACCAGUGGAUCGAUCUAAUCUUUGGCUACAAGCAGCAGGGACCUGAAGCCACCAGAGCCCUCAAUGUUUUCUAUUACCUGACCUAUGAAGGCGCAGUCAACCUCAGCUCCAUCAGCGACCCCAUGCUCAGAGAGGCUGUGGAGUCACAGAUUAGGAGCUUCGGACAGACCCCCUGCCAACUACUCAUCGAGCCACACCCACCCCGGAGCUCUGCCAUGCAAGUGACCCCUCUGAUGUUUACGGAGCAGAUGCAGCAGGAUGUUAUUAUGGUAUUGAAGUUCCCCUCCAAUUCUCCUGUGACGCACGUUGCGGCCAACACCCAGACAGGACUAACAUCACCUGCCAUCAUUACCGUCACCGCCAGCCGCCUCUUUGCUGUCAACAAGUGGCAUGGCCUGACAGGUCAUCAGAGCUCAACGGUGCAGGACCAGCAGUACCAACUUCCUGUGGAAAUUGACCCUCUGAUAGCCAAUAACGUGGGCAGUCAUCGUCGUCAGAUCUCAGACCUGCUGGACCAGAGCAUUCAGAUCAGCUCCCACUGUUUCAUCAUCACCGCAGACAACCGCUUCAUCCUGCUGUGUGGCUUCUGGGACAAGAGCUUCCGAGUCUACUCCACUGACUCAGGAAAACUGACUCAGAUCGUCUUCGGGCACCGGGACGUGGUGACGUGCCUGGCGAGGUCUGAGUCCUACAUCGGAGGAGACUGCUAUGUCCUGUCAGGCUCCAGAGAUGCCACCCUGCUCCUCUGGUACUGGAACGGCAAGCACAGCAGCAUUGGAGAGAGCCCAGGCACAGAGUUUGUCACACCCCGAGCCAUCCUGACAGGCCAUGACUGUGAAGUGACAUGUGCCAGUGUGUGUGCCGAGCUGGGUCUCGUCAUCAGUGCCUGCAAGGAGGGUCCUUGUCUGAUCCAUUCCAUGAAUGGGGACCUGCUGCGGACCCUUGAGGGCCCAGAGCACUGCACACGACCCCGCCUUAUCCAGUCCUCCAGCGAAGGCCACUGUGUGAUCUACUAUGAGAAGGGACAGUUCUGCCUCUUCAGUGUCAACGGCAAGCUGCUCGGACACAUGGAGGUGGAUGAAAACAUCAAGGCCAUGCUGCUUAGUCGUGAUGGCCAGUAUCUGCUGAUAGGGGGCGAUGGAGGUGUGGUGUCUGUCUGGCAGGUCCACAACCUCAAGCAGCUCUUCACCUACCCCGGCUGUGACGCAGGAAUCCGCGCCAUGGCCAUGUCGCACGACCAAAGGUGCAUCAUAACUGGCAUGGCAUCCGGGAGUAUCGUGCUCUUCUACAACGACUUCAACAGAUGGCACCAUGAGUACCAGACCAGAUACUGAGCUGGCAGCAGCACAAAUUUGACUGACAAAGUUGCAUACUUAUGGGCGAUUCAAACUGGGCGUCUAUUCCACGUCUGACUCCUGUCAGUGGCACUAUUCUGUCCAUAUUCUGAUAUCCUGAAUGUAUCUCAAUGAAAGAAGAAAAAAAAAUUGAGCUGUUAUAGCAAAAGAAUUAAACUAUUUUUAAAAAGAAGGGCAUUGCUAUAUUUUGUAGAUCAUAUAGAAAAUUUUCAUAUAAUAUAAAUCAUAGGGUGGGGGUUAUAUUACUGUAUGGUUAAAAACAAAUCUAUUUUUAGCUGUAAGAGUCUAUUUUCAUCUCCUCAGAAGGAAAAUAAGGAUUUCUGUGGAACUAGUGAGAACCAUAUCUAUGGACUUAAAAAUCCAAAUAUUUGUGUACUUUAGGGUGAGUGAUUUUUUUCUCUCAGUAGGUGUGACCAUGUGGGGAAUAAUUAUUGUCAUUCAUUUUUAAUAUUUUUUGCUAUUGUGGCAACAUGAGAUAGAUUGAACUGAAAGUUCUCAGCAAAUAAUAACUGAGUACUUGUUACUGGAUAUAAAGAAAUAAAUAAGGAGGGAAUAUACAUAUAAAUAUAUCCUGUUUAAAUGUAGUCAUCCAUGUUCUGAAAAUGCAUAUCCAUUUCCUCUGUACCUCUUGUGCUUGCUAAGAGAUUGCACUUCCAUGCAUGGCUCACAACUCGAGUAUAACUUAUCAGACCUUUCAUAUUACCAUCUAAUAUGUGUAACGGCACACAUGGAACAAAACUUGCCAGCAAUAGCGUUUUAGAGUUACUUGAUGAGCUUUAUAUAAAUACAGGUAGUUGAGGAUGUCAGGAAAACCAUGUCAGGGGUUCUGCUCCCUUCUUUUUUUAGCCCGUAAGCGACUGAAAAGGCAAACACCUGAUUGUGUUUCUCAUUACACAUUUCCAGACAGGAGAAUCCUGAUCAGUGUCCACAGUGGAAAUGGAGUGAGGCUAUGACAGGUGAUUGGCACGGGGGCGGGGAAAAUUCAGAGCUGUUUUUUGCAAUACGUCUUAAAACCGUGUCCAAACCACGCUAGCAUCUUCAGAGUCCUCUUUGAGUCCUGUCUCCAAACCAGCUAACCACAAAGAGAGAUGUGCAAUGAAAGGGAGGACUUGUUGCAUUGCACUGACUGUGGUCAUUUCCUCAUUAAGACAGCCUAGAUCGCAGAUUGUGUAGUUUUGAUUCUAACCCAGCGCUAAAAUGGCAAUGAGAUGCAUAUUCCAUGAGCCCUCAGUAUAAUAAAUGUCCUACUGUACCUUGUUUUGAGGAAACAUUCCUUUGAGUUGAUCUGAGCUUGGUGUGGUUUGAGUCUCCAAUUAAAUGACAUCUACUGUACCUUUAUCACUCAAUAUUUUUGGCAAUCAUUUUGGAGUGUUUUUGAUGUGUGCUGAGUUCUGACAAUAAAAUGGAAUUUUAUAACUUGA